AUGGCAAGCAUCUCGCAGCAAACAAAGGAGAAUGGUGGAAUGUCGAUUCUCUACUCGAUGUUAACUCCACACAACUACACGGUGUGGACGAUAAAGGCGGAAGCAAUCCUCGAUGCCCAAGGAGUUCGGGAAGCAAUAGAGCCAGCGAGAGGAGCCGAAGUGGAUGUGAAGAAAGACAAGAAGGCACGUUCAUACAUUCUCCAAUGCAUCCCGGAAGAUGUGCUUCUACAAAUCGCUAAAAAGAAGACCGCAAAGGAAAUAUGGGAUAGUCUCAAGACAAGGUACUUGGGCAGUGAGCGGGUGAAGAUGGCAAGAGUUCAAACCUUGAAGAGUGAGUUUAGUGUUCUUCGGAUGAAGGAAACCGAGACGAUCGAUGAGUUCGCAGGAAAAAUCAGCGGAUUAGCAAGCAAGUUCACUACCCUCGGAGUUGCACUUGAGGAUUCAUCAUUGGUCAAGAAGCUCCUCGAUUCCGUCCCCGACAAAUAUCUUCCCAUUGUUGUUGGAAUUGAGCAAUUUCAAGAUCUCGAAACCAUGCCGUUUGAAGAAGCAAUUGGACGGAUGAAGGCGUACGAGGAACGAACAACACGACUUCGAGAAAACAAUAACAACACCGAUGGACAACUCCUACUUACCCAUGUCGAAUGGAAAGCUAGACAAAAAGGACAUAGUGGUGAUAACUCCUCGAUGAACAAAGGGCGCAGAUUUGGUGGUACCGAUCGAGGAAGAUGGCGAGGACGUGGUCGUGGCCGUGGUCGUGGCACUGAGCGUCAAAAUUGUGCGGGAGGCACUAGCAACACUGGAAAUGGCACUCGUGAUAAAAGUCACAUUAAGUGUUUCACUUGCAACAAGAUGGAACAUUACGCGUCAUAA